UUUCCGUACAGGGGAGGUUUGGAGGCUGCCGGUCGCGGAGUGAUGACGUCAGUGGGCCGCGCCUGCCACCGCGAGGCGCCCGCGUGGCUGUGACUUCCGGAAGUGCAGCUGUUGAGGCUGAAGGUCAGUCAUGAAGCUGAAACGAGGAAACAAAUUUAAGAGGCCAUCUAAAUUUAAACAAAAGGGCAUCAAAAUAACAGGGCAAUGGAAAGCUGUCGAGAUUGACCCAAAUCUAUUUGCCGAUGAGCAGCUUGGCGGCUUAGUAUGUUUUGAGGAGCUCACCGAUUAUAAGUUGGUGUCUUCCUCAAAAGUGGGGGAAGAAAGCAGCAAGAAGAGGAAACCAAACAGCAGGCAUGAAGAGGAGAGAAUGUCUGAGGAAGAGUCCAGCACCAUUCCCCCAAAGAAGAGAAAGAAGGAGAAAAGUCAGGAGCGCCCAAGUGAACUUGAAGUGGAGGAAAUGGUAAUUGAUGAAUAUGCUCUUGUUAGCUGUGAGAGUGUGGCAGCAGAUGCUACAAGCUUGGAAAGAAAACAAGUGAAGAAAAAGAAGAAGAGAGAGAGGAAGAAGAAAGUGGGCCUUCCCCAAGAUACCCCUGAGCCAGUUCAGUCUUCUAAAAAGGCUAAAAACUGGACAGCAGAAGUCUUAUCUGCAUCUUCAGGUCAGAAAGUGGACAUUUCUGCAUGGAAAGGUCUCUUUGUUCCCAAGCCUGUCCUUCGGGCACUGAGUGAACUGGGUUUCAGUGCUCCGACUCCUAUACAGGCUCUGGCGCUGCCGUCUGCAAUUCGAGAUUGCAUGGAUGUCCUCGGUGCUGCAGAAACAGGAAGCGGAAGACUCUUGCCUCUUGCCAUCCCAAUGAUCCAUUCCAUUCUUCAGUGGUACAAAUCAAAAGGUAUUCAAAGGAAAAGCAAGAGCCAGCCUGGAGAUAGAGGUGAGGAUGAAGAGGAGCUGUCAAACAAGAAAGCUAAUGAGGAAACUGGAGGGCUGAACUCAGAUGAAGCUGGUGGUGCUGCCAACAGUGUUGGACCUUUGUUAACCCACUGUGAGGAGGGAUCGCGGAUGGAGAAUGAUUCGGAUCUUUCAAAAUGUGAUGCUGGUCAAGGGAAAAGUAAUCCCUUUCUUGGAUUGGUCUUGACCCCUACAAGGGAUUGGCUGGUCCAAGUAAAGCAUCAUAUUGAUGCAGGUGAUCAGAUCACAGAUAUUAAAACAGCCAUUCUUGUUGGAGGAAUGGCUCCACAGAAACAACAGCGUAUCUUGAAAAGGACAGAAAUUAUAAUUGCGACCCCAGCCGGGCCUGUGGAGUUAAUUCAGGAGAAGCCUCCCCAUCUUGCAAGCCUACGGCAGCUCAGGUGCCUGGUGAUUGACGAAGCAGAUCGGAUGGUGGAGAGGGGACAUUUCUUGGAACUCUCUCAGCUGCUGGAAAUGUUGAAUACCUUCCAAUAUAACCCAAAACGUCAGACAUUUGUCUUCUCCGCCACUUUGACUCUGAUCCAUCAAGCUCCUGUUCGAGUUCUUCAGAAGAAAAAUGCUACCAGAAUAGACAAAAAAACCAAACUGGAAAUGCUGAUCCAAAAAGUGGGGAUCAAGGGCAAGCCGAAAGUGAUAGACUUGACAAGAAAAGAGGCCACUGUUGAGACCCUCACGGAGACAAGGAUUCACUGCGACACAGAAGAGAAAGACUAUUACCUCUAUUAUUUCCUCCUUCAAUACCCUGGGAGAACCAUGGUUUUUGCUAACAGUAUAGAUUGCAUCAAACGACUCACUGCCCUCUUAACCAUAUUGGACUGCAACCCUCUGCCUCUUCAUGCAAACAUGCACCAGAAGCAAAGAUUAAAAAACCUAGAGAGGUUCGCUGAACGCAACAGCACCACCCUCUUGACGACAGAUGUCGCCGCUCGUGGUCUGGAUAUUCCACAUGUGCAACAUGUUAUUCACUACCAGGUUCCCCGUACUUCUGAGAUUUAUGUGCACAGAAGUGGCAGGACUGCCCGAGCUGCUAAUGAGGGCCUGAGCUUGUUGCUGAUUGGUCCAAGCGACAUGAUGAAUUUCAAAAGGAUUUAUAAGACCUUGGAAAAGAAUGAAGAGCUUCCUUUGUUCCCUGUUGAAACAAAGUGCAUGACUGCUAUCCAGGAGCGGGUGAACCUGGCAAGACAAAUUGAGAAGGUGGAAUAUUUUAACAGCCGAGCAAAACAGCACAACUCUUGGCUCCAGCAAGCUGCAGAAGCACUUGAACGUGAUCUGGAUGAUGAUGAGCUAAUAGGAGGCAAGCCCAGCGAGCAAGAAGAGAGUGAGAAACAGAAGAUGCUCAAGGGGAUGAAGAAGCAUCUGAAGCACUUGCUCUCUCAGCCCGUAUUUAAGAACCUAAUGAAGACCAAAUAUCCCACCCAGUCUGGAAAGCUACUCUUGCCUGAUACCAUAAGGGAGCUUUCUCAGUCAGCUUUGGGCACUGUGUCAAAGAUGCAAGCCAAGAAGAUGAAGAAGAAACAACAAGGUGGAGCCAAGUUAAAUAACUGACUGGACUUGAAGGGCUUUAAGAUAAGGAAAUCUUAGCCCCACCCAGCCAUUGGGUGCUUAGACCUUUUUUAUGCACACAUCCUGUUCUGGAAUGAUUGCAGCUAUAAAUGCAGAAUGAGUUAAGAUUCUUAUUCCAGUUUUGGAGAGUACCCUAGAGAAGAUGUUUGUUGUUCUUUAGUUUUACAGCAGCAUUUGAUGCUUAUAUUUACCUUCCGUACAGCAGUGGGGCUCACCACUUUGUGGAAGAGGAGAAAUACACAAGGGAAAAAAGAUAAAAACAAGUGUUAACUCUAAGAAAGUAGAGAAUGUACAUUUUCCUGCUUUGACAGGAAAUCUUUAUUGAAAUCUUAAUUAAAACAUUUUUCAAAUCUUUUAA